GCCGCGAUCCCAACCCAUAUCGACAUCAGAACUUCUCCAAACGUUCUAGCAAUCCCAAGUUAUACUCAACAUGAACUCCUACUUCGUGAUCGCUCUGAGUGCCCUUCUUGUGGCUCUGGCUGCUGGAUCGCCCAUUGAGCUGAGCGAUGAGCAGAAGACUCUGGCCAAGCAGCACCAUGAGCAGUGCGCCGCCGAGGUGAAACUGACCGAGGAGGAGAGUGCCAAGGUCAAGGCCAAGGACUUCAAGAACCCCACCGAGAACAUCAAGUGCUUCGCCAACUGCUUCUUCGAGAAGGUCGGCACCCUGAAGGACGGUGAGCUGCAGGAGUCCGUGGUCCUGGAGAAGCUCGGCGGUCUCAUUGGCGAGGAGAAGACCAAGGCGGCCCUGGAGAAGUGCAGGACCAUCAAGGGCGACAACAAGUGCGACACCGCCGCCAAGUUGCACGAAUGCUUCGAGAGCUUCAAGCCCGCCCCCGAGGCUAAGGCCUAAGGAAGUUUGGGAGUUGAUCCAUGGCAAAUUGUGAUUCGGA